AGGGUCUAGGAUUUUAAGAUUUAUCCGGUGGUCGAUUUGAUGGAUGAUUGAUUAAAAUUGGGAUUUAUCAAGGCUAAUCCCAAUUUGGCCACAGAAAGUCAAUCAGAUUUGCAAAUAGUAUGGAUUGGUUGAUGUGUGCUGAAAUUAACUGGACCAAUUGAUUUGAUGGACAUGGAAAAGGAUUUUGUUUUAACGUUUUGGUUUUGUUGGUGAAGCACUAAGAUCAAUCCAGCCAUGGUGGUGUUGAUGAAGUUUAUGGUCCCUUCGGGGUGAAGCACUAAGAUCAAUCCAGCCAUGGUGGUGAAGAUGGCCACCUUUAGUGCAACCAAAGUGCAUGGUUUUAAGGUACAAGGCAACCUACACAUCAUGCCGUAGCUCGGAUUACUUACUGGAGCUGUGGGUUCCCCACCCACCAAGAUUAGUUUGUGCCACAACUUACUGAAGUAGUCAGAGCUACGAUGGCGAUGCAGAUCCCGAGCUGUCACAGGAACACUUUCCCGAUGACAGAAAACAUCGAUGACGUCCAACCAGGAGUUCUUCCAGGCAUCAUCACUACAACAGUAAUGUCCUCUGUGGGUUUUGCCUGGCCUUCUGAUACUCCUCACGUAUGCACAAUUACAAGGUACCAAUCAAUAGUACCGAGUGAAUGAAGAGUUACUUGAGUCGGAAUUGUGUCCGAAUUUGAUCGACCGAAACCAUUCACUGCUCCCUUGGAGAAAGCAAGACAAGUACGAGCUUCAGUUACUCGAGAACAAUCAGUAAACUGACAGUCAAAAUGCAGAACCACAAGCAAUCAAUCACUUUUGAUGCUAAAGAGAAGCUAUAGUGGCCCUCCGGUGGCAGAGGAAGGAGACAGAGGCAAUUAAAGAUCCCAAAACUGAAGCCAGCCUCCCUCCGCAGUCCCCGCGGCGUCGGUUUCUGCCAUGACAAAGGGUCAAACACCAGCCGAGCUCGGACAAAGCCUUCACCAACAUCCUAUAUUAAUGCGCAGUUUGCAUGUCUUUUUCCUUUGCCUCAGGCUUCUUCUCCUCUGUUGUGCUGCAUGCUACGUCAGCCCUAAUGAAUCAGGGGGAGGGUGCCACCCUUUGACCACGCCCCAGUGCUUCCCCUGAUGUAACGAAUGCCAAACCCUAGUUUCCAUUCCCCCACCCCACCGCGUCUUGCUUCUGUAGCUUGUUUGCGUUGCAGGAGAUGCUUAGUACAUGGCUUGCAACCAUUCCCACCUACUCUGUAUAUAAUCUGAUUUACCAUGAUCUUCGUUAACCCUGUUUCUUAUACCACUGAAGCAAAGCUACAAACGAGUCAUUAUCCGAACGAUAUCCCUGAUCUUUUAUCAAAAUAGAAAUCAUAAAAAAGAGAUUUGAUAGAUCUUAGCUUAAACAAGUGUGACCUCAACUGGUUGCACCUAUAAAUAACUCGACAGAAGUAUGUGCACAAGCAAGCCGUUCAUUGUUGGUUGUCCAGGUACAUGUAACCUCUUCUCUCAUCUUCUUCCUCCUUGCUGCAACCAGAAGCCACAUCGGCCAUGGAUGAUCACAACCAGUGCCACAACAACAGUCCCAACCUUCGGAGAUCUGUUCCUGACGGCACUGUCACCGAGCCUGUGCGCACCCGAUGGACUCCGAAGCCCGAGCAAAUCCUUAUACUGGAGUCCAUCUUCAACAGUGGCAUGGUAAACCCUCCAAAAGGCGAGACCGUGAGGAUCCGCAAGCUCCUCGAGCAGUUCGGCUCCGUGGGUGACGCCAAUGUCUUCUACUGGUUCCAGAACAGGCGGUCGAGGUUCCGCCGCCGCCAGCGCCAGUUGCAGGCGAGCCUUAUGGCCGGGCAACAAGUCAGCAGUGGAGUUCCACGUGCUUCGACGCCGCCCACCUCGUCGAGCACGUCAUCUAGUAACUCUGCCGGAGGGGAAGCAGGAUUGUUUUCAUGCUCUUCUUUUGCUUCUUCUUCCUCCUCUAACCUUAUGAUCGAUGAUAGUGCCGAUGAUCUCUUCUCUAUCUGUCGUCAGAUGGGAUUCAUGGAGAGCACUCAGGAUAUCUCGCAGCUACACUACCAACCCGGAACAGUGAUCGUAUUCAUCAAUGGCUUCCUUAACGAGGUUCCGAGUGGGCCAAUAGAUCUCAGAGUCAUGUUUGGUCACAAUGUGAUGCUUGUUCAUCCUUCAGGAGAGGUGUUACUUGUCAAUGAGCAUGGAAUUCUCAUGCAGAGCCUGCAGAUGGGUGAAAGUUAUUUCCUAGUUACGAGGCCUACUUAGUGUGAGUUCAGUUGUAGUUCGGAGAAGAAGAAUGGGUUCAGAAAAUUGAUUGAGAAUACAUGAUGAGGUCCAGAGUUUGAAGCUUAAGGAGAAGCAGACUGUGUACUGAGAGUUCAUCAUUCUGAACUAUCAUCAUCAUUUUAUGCAAACACCUUUGUGAUAGAAACUGACUGUUGCUUUGCACUUGUUUCGAUCAUGGUUUUCAGGGGGAAUAAAUGAGGAAUUCAUUGCCCUUUUGGCAGAAUAUAGAGUGUCUAUUGAAGUUGUUUAAUGUUCUUCCUCAUUCAUUUUUGCAGAUGAGA